AUGAAAUCCACGACCCUUCUAGCCACGACCCUCAGCGCUCUAGUAGCGUCCGUUCCAGUCCAUGUUUCUUCCUCACUUCUUCCCCUUCCUUCAACUCCUGUAUUCGGAUCUGGCAUGAUGUUAGAUAACAUGCCUCUCGAUAACAACCUCCCAGGCGGCGGUAUCGGCUCUUUGUCUCCUAAGGCCAUACACGAUAAGCGUGCCCUCGUAAAGGAGGUUUCAGAUACACUCGACUCUUCUACAUACUACGACGCAGCUGCUGAGAAAGAAGCAGAAGAGUUGGCUCUCGUGUUGGAUGCUGCAAGUGAGAAUGUAGCGGAGAUUGAAGGUGCUGACGACGAUGUCAAGGUGAACAGGUGA